CCCGGCAUGGCGAACCUGAGGCAGGAACCUCAUUUUCUCUUUUGUGUCUCUUCUUCGCAGUCUUUUCACUCUGCCGAAUUACCGCCAGUCCGCGGAGAUGGUUGAUAGCGAUGCAAAACUCACUCACAAGGUCAACGCUGGCUGGGUGGAUGUUCUAUAAAGGCUGUCUUGGUCUGGAAUCUUCUUUUUCCUUUUACUUGAGAUGACACAUCCAGCACUACCAACCAGAGAGCGCAACCAAGCAACAUGAGGCUCUUUGAUCCCGAAGCCUGGCACUUUGAUAUCGACAAAUGGCUGAAUCCGUUGGUACCUUGUCCGCCAUGGCAUAUACUGCCGUAUCCAAUUUCCUAUUUUCUCGGCCACAGGAAAGGACCACUCAAGCCUAUUGGGAAUCUGAUCAUGACUGCGUGGGCUUUUCUCGGCAUCUUCCUCGGUCUCAUUGUUAUCGAGUUGGUGACGAAGCAAGUAUCGAUAUUUCAACAGCAUCAUGCGCCUAUCAUCAUCGCUAGUUUUGGCGCCGGGUCUGUUCUGCAAUUCUAUUCUAUCGAAUCGCCAUUGGCGCAGCCACGAAAUGCAGUCAUCGGCCAAUUUAUUGCCAGUGCAGUCGGCGUCGGAAUCUGCAAACUGUUUGCCCUGAGCCCGCAGUUUGAAUCCAUCCGGUGGAUAGGCGGUGCCUUAUCCUGUGCCAUUGCCACGGCGCUGAUGGCCUUGACCAAAACCGUUCACCCACCUGCCGGCGCAACAGCGCUGUUAGCCGUUGUCAGUGAUGACUCGUUAGCGCUGGGAUGGCUGUUGAUACCCAUGAUGCUGCUCGGGUCAGUUCUUAUGCUGAUUGUAGCGUUGCUUAUCAAUAAUUUUCAGCGCAAAUUUCCCCAGUACUGGUGGUCACCAGAAGAUCUACCUCCCUCCGGCACGCGUGGCAAGGUCACCGAGGAUGAGCCUGGGGAUGCCCAGGGUGCAGAUCUGGAGAAGAACGUGUCCCUAACAUCGCCAAGUCAUAGCGAAGGCUCGCUCGACCAGCCUCGGAUAAUCAUUAGACGGGGCACCGUCCAUAUACCAAGUCAUUUGUAUUUGACGCCCGAGGAGAGACUUUUUCUGGAAGAGCUGAGUGAUCGUAUAUGAUGCGACAACUGCAUAAUGAUGAUGAUAUUGAUUAAAAAUCAAAAUUGUA